AUGCCUGUCAUGGGUGGUAUGCAAGCUUCCCUCCGUAUCAGAGAGCAUGAAAAAGAACACAAUAUCGAGCCAACGAUCAUUGUGGGACUUGUUGUUGGUGACAUGAGGAGUGAGACGGAUAGAUUGAUCAAUGAGUUUGGAAUGGAUACUGUUUUGAAGAAGCCGGCAAAGCUGGGAACUUUGCGUCAGUUUUUACAAGACUGGCCUGUUUAG